ACACGUAUUUGAGGUAGCUUUGGUGUCAGCAAUGGCGUCUCGUAGCCUGGGAAAUUUGAGCUUCCCAACACACAUUUCUUCGAAAACCCAAUUUGUUUUUGGCUCCAAACCUCAGUUUGUGUCUUUCUCUGGAGCUCUAAGAAAACCCGUAAGGCAGAAAUUCUCAACUCGUGUAAUGGGUUCUUCUGCUUCUUCUUCUCGGAAACCAGACAGCAUCCAAGAGCCGGGCAAAGUAGAUUAUACUUCUAUUAGUGAUGAAGAAUGGAAGAAACGCCUCACAGGAGAACAAUUCUACAUUACUAGACAAAAGGGAACUGAGAGGGCUUUCACAGGGGAGUAUUGGAACACCAAAACCCCUGGAGCUUACCAUUGCAUCUGUUGUGAAACACCACUAUUUGAAUCAUCUACUAAGUUUGACAGUGGAACUGGUUGGCCAUCUUACUAUCAGCCCAUAGGAAAUAAUGUGAAGUCAAAGUUAGACUUGUCAAUCAUUUUCAUGCCUCGUCAGGAAGUUCUUUGUGCAGCUUGUGAUGCUCAUCUUGGCCAUGUCUUUGAUGAUGGCCCACCACCCACUGGGAAACGUUACUGUAUCAAUAGUGCUUCCCUGAAACUGAAACCAAAGUGAGAGAUGAUUUCAAGCAAUGUGUAGCAAUGAUGGGUUUUCUAUUGAAAUUGGAUGAGCCACUUGUAUGUAUAUGCAUAUGCACCUUCUACACUACUUGAUCUUAAGUGUUUGCUCUGUAACCCCUUGUUUGGUAUUUUUCUAUCUCCACAUCUAUCAGAUUGAUGUCCAAGCUUUGUGAGAAUAAUAAGAAUAAUGCUCAUAUGAUGGAACAAUCAAGUAAACUCAACAUACGCCUAGUGGAGAAUAUCUGAUGUUUGUAACACUGGCAUAUCUGAGAUGCCCUUGAGUGAAUGCUGCAAAGAAGCAACAAACUGAAUGGAUAUUCUUGUCUUCUAUUAGACUGCUGAGCCUUUUUUGUUCUUCUCUUUUCUAACCACUAGAUUUCAACUUCUUCCUAUGGGUUUUUUUUUUUUUUUCCUCCCGUUUUUAACAUAUUGUAUUCUUAUUCUUUUUGUAACUCUAUGCACUUGCAAUGUUUCUGUUUCGCCA